AUGCAGAUGGGAUCGACACCAGGCUUACAGGAUCGACAGACCUUUGUGCAGCCGACCCCAGGACCACAAAUUCAGUAUCGUCGCUCGCCUCUUAACCCGAAUCGCCCACAGGAACAGCCACCACAGGUUUCAGUGAAACGGAAAGCAAUAUAUAUUCCAGACCAAGAAGGCCGCUCGACUAAACGGAAGUCUGCAUCCUCCAGUAACCUAGACAUAUUACAAGAAGGAGAUGAAGAAGGAGGGAGGAGAGGAGCAGCAGCAGCAGCAGCAGCAGUAGGAGGUGGGAGAGAAGGAGGUGGGAGAGAAGGAGGUGGGAGAGAAGGAGGUGGGAGAGAAGGAGGUGGGGGAGAAGGAGGUGAGGGAGAAGGAGGUGGAAGAGGAGGAGGGGGUAGAGGGGAGGGGGGAGGGGGGAGGGGGGGGGGAGAGGGAGGCGGAGGAGGUAGAGCAACUAAGAGUGCUAUCAAUCAACGACAGCAGCAGCAGCAGCAGGCGCCCUCCAUCUCAAAGGAAACUCCUCCCCUGGUGGUGAAUAUCCCCUGGCCUAAAUCACCCUCGCCAUCACAAUCUCCUCCUCCCCCACUUCCAACCUGCAGACAGAAUUUCUCAUAUCUUCCGGGAUAUAAACACCCCGAGCCAGGGCCACGCUCAAAAAUUGAAAUUUUUCAGGAUGAGAUACUGGAGCGCAUGACUAAAUGGAACACUAAUCCUGGUGGGCUGCAGACGCUAGAUAUGGAGCGUGCUAGGCUACUAUCCCAGAAUACGCUGGAACAUGAGGUUACUGUGUAUAAUCGGGAUAUUAGUGAGUUACAGUCCAGGUCGAGAGCUAAUCUUCAUGCUAUGACUAUGCAGCGCGAGGAAGAUAAAGGGCCCUGGGCGGUUUAUGAUUACCACAUGAGCGUGGUGAGAAUGGAAGCCGGGAAUAUGGAGUGCUUAGAAGCAACAAUAUAG